UGAUUUUUCUUCAGAAACGACUUCUUCCAUCAAAAUGUCUGGAACGGAAUCAUUAGAUUUACAAUAUCGUAGUUUACAAACACAUAAAAUGGAACAAAUUAUUGGUCAAAUGAAUUCGAAAAAAACUGGAAUAACUCACGAAUUUCAACCAGAUCCAUAUUUACAUUAUGCUUUCCAAGGUGGUACAAUUGUUAGUUGGCUUCAAGAAAAUAUUCCAACAGAUAAUGAACAAGAAGCAUUGCAUAUAACUGAACUAUUUUUAUUUUAUGGAUAUAUAUUUCGUAUCACUGAUUCAUCACAACCAUACUUUAAGUUGAAUAAAACUUACUGGUAUCGAUUUCAGGCUCCAUUUUACUGGUUAUCCAAAAUAUCUAAAGUAGAUGAUAUAGAUUACUCAAUAUAUCUGAUGAAAAAGAAUUUGAGAAAAGGUGGCUUCCAAACUACUGACCCUGAAAAUCACAUAUUUACCGAAUUAUCUAAAUCAUUAAAUCAUAAAUGGAAAAUAAUUGAAUUACAAGCAGCUGAACAAUUGCGUUUAGAACGAAAACGUGAUGAAGUUGAUCGAAACAUACUAAGGUUACAGGAAGAAGCAUUUUGGAAAGUAUAUCGCCCAAUGGGAAAAGUAAAAUAUAGAUUAACUGAUGCGUUGCCAAGAAAUUUUACAUUGAAACAAAUUCAAGUACGUAGAGAGCAAAUGAGAAAUAAAAUGUUAGAAGAGAAAAAACAAUUAGAGGGACAAGAUGUCAAUUCAAUAGUUCCAGAAUUACAAACAGAUCCACUUUUAUCUUCACAUCGAGGUGAUAAAAAAUCAAUAGAAUUAAUCAUACUUUAUGCCACAAAUCAUGUGAAUUAUGACAAUCUCAUAAAUGGUGACUCAAUGAAAAAUAAUUGGUUUGCCUCAGAAAAAGAUACAAGUGUAUGGGAAGAUGACAAUACAGUUUGUUCACAGACUGGUGUAACUGGACCUGCACCUUAUCCAACAUUAAAGCAGGUACGUUUAUGGGGUACAAGUAUGAAUCAUUUAAUUCGUGAUGAAAAUGGACAAAAAUGGUUAGAACAUUUUAUGCAAAAAGAAUAUAGUUGUGAAAAUUUUCGAUUUUUACAAGAAGUUAUAAAAUAUAAAUUUGGACCAUUAUCAAUGAUUGAAAAAGAAUCUAAAAGAAUUUAUGCAGAAUAUUUAGCUAAAACUGGAGCUAGUGAAAUCAAUAUAGAUAAUUAUAUUAUGACGGUAACAGAAGAAUUAUUAAAGAAUCCUAAUCCAUUUUGUUUUGAUUUGGCACAAGAACAUAUCUACAAUCUAGUAAGAACUGAUUCAUAUGCACGUUUCUUACGAUCAUCUGAUUACUUGACAUUAUUAAAUAAUGCAAUGAAAGCAUCAUCAACACACCAAACAAAGUAGAUCAAUCGCUAAAACGAUCAUAGUGAAGUUUACAACAAAUAAAUGUACCUAUAUGAAAAACUUAAACAUCCACACACAAUUAUUGUUCUGUAUUACUAUAGUUUGUAGUCAAUAUAUGGUUACAAC